CCUAUUCCUUAACCUAAUAGCCCACUCCUGAAACCAUGUGCUCCUGCAGCAGCUACUAUGGUAGCCUGGGCUAUGGCUAUGGCGGCCUAGGCUGUGGCUAUGGCUGUGGUGGCUAUGGUGGCUAUGGUGGCUAUGGUGGCUAUGGUUAUGGCUGUUGCCGCCCCCUCUGCUACAGAAGAUACUGGUGCUAUGGCUUCUACUGAGGAGUUCCCACAGCUUCACAGCCUGUAGAUUAGAACCUGAUAGUUUAUGGUAUUCAUCUUCAGUGAUGCUCACAUGACAAAGUUUUACAGGCCUUUCAAUGUCAACUACACAUCGAACUAUCUGGAAAACAAAUAAACUGAAACAUUCCAUUUUGAUUCAUCAGUAUCAACUGUUUUUUCUAGUUUGUAGAAAAGUUUC